AUGCCUCCCAAGAAAUCAUCUGCGAGGUCAAAACAGCAACAGCCCCCAAAACAGCCCCCAAAACAGCCCCCAAACAUAGACCCGGGCUCGUCCUUCACCCCCGAGUCCUUCGAGAAGGAGCUCAAGAACCUUGCUGCAAGGGCAAAGGACGAGACCUGGGCCAGGUGGCUCCUCGAGCAGGGCUCCGUCUACCUGAGGUCCUCCCUCCUCCUCGGCCUGGUUGCCGUCUACGCCAAUGUCUCGGAGCUGACCUUGUCGCCCGUCUACGGCUCCAUCCCCGUCUCCAUAUGGCACGACAGGCUUGUCAUGGCCGCCUGCUUCGUGGGCUGGGCCUGCAACCUGCACCUGGGCCGUGUGCUCCCCGUCAGGAUGGCCUACCUGCUCCCGCUCAUCGCCCUGUACAUCCCCGUCGCCCAGUUCUACCUCUUCGGGCUCAGCGGCACCCUCACUGCCUACCACGGCCCUCUCAUCACAGAGGCCCUCACCCUGGCCCCGCUCAUCGUCUUGUCUGUUGCCUGCACCGCUACCUACCUCGACGGCGCCGACCUGUCUGCCCUCCCCGGCUUCAUGCGCGAUGCCUCGCCCGGCAUCGCCUCCUAUUUCUACUACCGCCUUGUCGAGAAACUGUCUGCUGGCCUCCUGGCACGGUACGUCGGAAGCGCCAUCUUCCAGACUCGCGUGGUCAUGGAGGCCGUCCUGGGUGCAUCCUAUGCCCUGGUCGCCCCGUCCCGGUUGCUGGCCUUCACCCUUCCCGCCCUGCUGCACACCGCCUUCCUCAACACCCAUGUCAUGACCCCAAUGGCGACGAGGUCUUUGAACAGUACUCUGCAGGCCAACGACUGGCUGCUGCAUGACCGGAAGGAGUCCCUGACUGGCUACAUAUCCGUCGCUGACAACCUCAAGACCGGAUACCGCGUCAUGAGGUGCGACCACAGCCUUCUCGGCGGGGAGUGGAUCCGAUACAAGGGCGCCAGAGUCGCCGAGCCCAUCUACGGCGUCUUUACCAUGCUCGAAGGCGUGAGACUUGUUGAGGUUGCGGAGCCUGUCCCCGACAGUGAGGCCAGAGCCCUCGUGAUUGGGCUCGGCAUCGGCACCACGCCAGCAGCCCUCGUCGCGCAUGGGGUAGAUACAACGGUGGUUGAAAUCGACCCAGUCGUGCACGAGUUCGCCUCCAAAUACUUCCAACUCCCGUCCAAUCACACGCCCGUCAUUGCCGAUGCGGUUACCUACACGGCAGACCUGGUCAACACGACCACCGACCAGUUCGAUUACAUAGUUCACGACGUCUUCACUGGGGGUGCUGAGCCCAUAGCGCUCUUCACGCUCGAGUUCCUGCAGAACCUUGAGGCGCUCUUGAAGCCCGACGGCGUCAUCGCCAUAAACUACGCUGGGGAUUUUACACUUCCACCGCCCAAAAUCAUUGUCCAUACUAUUAAGCAGGUCUUCCCUUCCUGCCGCAUCUUCCGCGAAAAUCAGCGCGAUGAGGAUGUCAUAGAGAAGGAGAAACGCGACUUUACAAACAUGGUCAUAUUCUGCGUCAAGACCGAGCGCCCCGUUACCUUCCGCAGGGCCACUGCUGCAGAUCUGCUCCAGAGCCGCACCCGGGAGCAUUUCCUUGUCCCCAAGCACGAGGUGUCUGACAAGGACUUCAUGGCUCUCGAGGAGCCCAGUGUUCUGAGGAAUAACGACACUGCGGCCCUGGCCAAGUGGCACGAGAAGAGUGCUCUAGGACAUUGGGAGGUCAUGCGGACUGUGCUGCCGGAUGUCAUCUGGGAGCAAUGGUGAAGUAUGACAAUAUAUUAGUCUAAGUUCAGAAGGCACUAAUAUAAUAGUAAUACUAUAUAAAGAAAAUAAAUAUUUAUAUAAAAAAAAACAGCUAAUAGAGUAUAAUAAUAUAUUCUUAAAUAUUUU